AGAAAAACAGGAACACAGAUGAGACCACAGAGAUCAGAUACCCGACGGCAGCGGACUAACAGAGGAUGAUGAAGAUGUCAGGAAGAGUCACGAGUUGCUGUGUGGCUCUGUUCUUUGCCCUGACCUCUGUGACGGCUGUACGAAGACUUGAUUCAAUCAACGAUUUGAAGAAAAUUGACUUUGGCCAAUCUGUACCCAAACACAGUCUUAUGCUGCUUCACUGGUUUGCCAACACAGUUGACAUCGACAAUAACAAUGUCAUACAGCUGACCUUUGACCCAAACCGUGGAGAUUAUGGUGCACAUCAUUAUGGCAACUAUGAGAGGAUCUUGGACCCGCUGCCUUUGGGAAAUAGAUACUACACCAUUGGCAAUCUCAAUCAAGGAACGUCCAUGUCUCUCCCACCUUAUGUUGUCCACUCCCCAACAGAGUACAUGGGAACAAACAGGGAUAGGAUCAUAAUUCGCGUCAGGGAGCAGAACGCAGGACAGCAAGCUUUACCGAGGAUAGACCGAGUGUAUAUCACACAGCAUUACGACACUUCUGAACGUCAGGGCACACGUUAUGAUCCAGCUCAUACCUACCAAAUCACUACUAACCUCUUAAGACAGAUCAGAGAACUUUCUGUGGGACAAAACCAACAGCUACUGCGGUAUCUCAGAAACCACUAUGGAGGUAAUGCAGAGCAUUUCCUGUUAAGGCACAUUAGAGACACAUGGGGUGACCUUGCUGGCCUUGGACUGUUGCUGCUUAUUGUGAUUCAGGAGAAGCACUCCUCUAACCAAGACAACAACAGGAAUGGAAACAGAAGAAAUCAUAGGGAUGAUGACUCUUCAGAGAGUGAGAGCAAUGAUUCUAGAGAUUUACGAAACCAAGGUAUGUUUGUACUGAAUAUCCCUGACCACAAGGACCACCAAGCCAGCAGGAUGACUGGAAGCAGAGAAUCAGGUGGUUACAACACUUCAGUACACUGGAACGACAAGGAGAGGUCGUCAUGUUGUACUUGUUGUAAAUGUUGCAUUUGUUGUAUCGCCUGCAUAUGUUUCAUUUGUGUAAUUUGUACUGUGUUAUACUUUUGGUAUAAGUUCAAGUAAGUCACAAUUUUAUUUCUUAUGAGGAAAAUUGCUGCACAGCAGUUCAUAAGCAAAGUGGGAAGAGAAAUAUAAAGAAUGAAAACAUAGAGGUCCAAGAGAAGACAAUGAGGUGCAAAUAGGAAGCAAACCCAAAGUAUAUACAAUGUCAGAAUCAAGUAAACAGUAUGAAUCAUAGAAUAUAAACAGGUCAAUGCAAAAGAUCGGUCUAGGUGUGGCUGCACAAAGAUAAGUAUGUACAGUAUCAAAUUUAAAGUACAGGUACUGUAAGAGUAUAUGCUCAUGUUCAUGAUGAUACUGCACAUUAUAUCUGAUUAUGUCCCAUGAGUCAGUUUGUUGUAAAUGUUGUAAUGAGUUGUAAUGUUAAAAAAUGUAAUGUUGUACAUAAGACAGUUAAUCCAGACAGAAAAGAAGGUGAGAGAAAGUUACAAAAGUGCAGUUUGUUGAAACAGCAGAAAUACCUCUAUUCUAAAAGGAUUUGAACUGAGCAAAAUGCCUUUUAUUGUAUAUUAUAAUGCACUGCUCGGGCAUGUUCAUAAAGCUUCAGGCCUCAUUUAUGCAAUGAUAUCAUGCUGCAGCAUGUACAGUCUAGUGGUAAUGACUCUCUGAUGAGUCAUCCUGUGUCUGCGAGAGAAUGUACAUUGCUCUGAUGGAUAAAUGAAACAGAUUACUGAAAGGCUCUAUUGUCUGUCAAGCACAGCCUUCACUGAUCAUGUAAUAGAUUUUUUAAAAAACGGUAUUUUUAAUUUAUUGUUUUGUAUUUUUUGUAGUGUUGGAAAUUGUGUUUUUAUUAAACUAUAAUGAAU